CCCGGCACUAUCCGUUCUACUUUUCCGUUACAGUUUUCGAGUGGAAACGGUAGUUUUUAAUCGCAAACCCUAGACUUGAGUUUUUCUUGGCGAACUUGUGACACGAGGCAACGCAAAGGGCCGCAAGCUCUCGAUACUCAAAAAGGAAGAAGAAAUAGCCUUUCCUAUUCCACAAAAACAAUAAAACAGCCUAAAGUUGGCCAUAAAGGGGCAUUCAUCGCAUAUAAAUCAGAAAGUUAUCGAAAAUGACCAAAUCGGAGGACGUUUGCGCAGAUUCCGAGGAAUCGCAUUAUGUAUCUCCAGUAGCAAAGCCACAAUUGGCAGGAAAGGUGCUGAUAAGGUCACUCAAGUUGGUAAAGAAAGCCUUGACGCUGGAAAAAUUGGCAAAGCAGCAAAAGCUAGAAAAAGGUCAGGGAGACUUGGUGUUGACCAGAUUAGUGAAGAGAGGGGUUCAAGACGUGACAAAAUCCCUAAGGAAGGGGUCCACUGGAAUUGUUUUAAUGGCCUGUGAUGUACAUCCAGUUGAUGUCCUAGCCCAUGUACCAAUUUUGUGCGAGGAACUCUCGGUAGCCUAUGCUUACGUAACCUCUAAAAGGGUACUAUCGGAUAUUUGCCAGUCAAAAAGACCAACUUGUGUAGUUUUGAUUGUAAAGCCCUCGAAUGACUUCUCCAACAGAAUCAAGAAUCUAGCUCCUGGUCAAGAAGAAAAGGUGGAUUACUCCCAGCUCUUUGAAAAGGUCGAUGGGAGUAUCAGGAAACAUCAUCCGUACUUGUAAGAAUGAUAAUUUGGGGAUUGACACAAGUGCAAGAAUUUAGUUGACCAUAGAAGGGUCCCAGGAAUUGGAUAUUCUACAGGGAACUGAAUACACAAGAGUCGAGGGCCGCCUUUUCAUGUACAUAUCCAGCAGUUUGGGUUAAGCUAUAUGCAAUAAACGUUCAUUACACAAGGAUUGCUGCAUCUAGGUAUAUCCACACUUGGCACAAAAUAAUUCAAGACGAUAAAUUGUUUAUUUAAUAUGUACACUUCCAAGUUAGACAUUAACC